CACAUUCAAACUGCUGCUGUUUAGUAGUAUGCGAAACGGUCAACAUAACACAGUGAUCGAGGUUUUGGAAGCACUGUGUUUUUUUUAGAAAAUAAGUUUUAUAUGUUUAUGUAGUAGUUUGUGUUCUUUUAUACAAAAUGACAGCAGCGAAAGAAGAAACAUACAUCCCUGAUAUCAUUGUUGAUUCUACUUCUGGGGUGACAUACAAGAAAGGGCGGUUUUUCGGAAAGGGUGGAUUUGCAAGGUGCUAUGAAAUUACAGACACAAAAACGGGGAAUAUUUAUGCCGGGAAGAUCAUCCCUAAACGCUUAAUGAAAUCAAGUAAUCAGCGAGACAAGAUUAGUCAAGAAAUACAGAUUCAUAGCAGUUUAAGCCACAAUAAUGUUGUUGGUUUUUACGGAUAUUUUGAAGACAAUUACAAUAUUUACAUCGUCUUGGAGUUAUGCCGCAGUAGGUCGCUCAUGGAACUUCAUAAGCGGAGGAAAGCAUUGACGGAACCAGAAGUUCGGUAUUUUUUGCACCACUUGACUCUUGGAGUGAUGUAUUUACACCAACGUAAAGUGAUCCACAGAGAUUUAAAAUUGGGCAAUCUGUUUUUAAAUGAGAAUUUAGAAGUCAAAAUAGGUGAUUUUGGUUUGGCAGCGAGACUGGAAUUUGAUGGCGAACGAAAAAAGACUGUUUGUGGGACACCGAACUACAUAGCUCCCGAGAUUAUCAACAAGAAAGGACAUAGUUACGAAGUGGAUAUAUGGUCAAUUGGCUGCAUCAUGUACACGUUGUUGAUUGGGAAGCCGCCAUUUGAAACAAGUAGUUUAAAGGAAACCUAUUCAAGAAUAAAACGAUGUGAAUAUUACUUACCGUCACAAGCAAAGAUUUCAAAGUCAGCCGCAAAACUUAUUAGACAGAUGCUUCAACCAGAUCCAAAAUCUAGACCAAAAAUUUCGGAGAUUCCUCUAGCAGAGUUUUUCACUGACGGCUUGUUACCAAAGCAGUUGCCAACAACUUGUCUGACAACAGCUCCAAGGUUCGAUACUGUAAAAGCGGUGCAAGGAAGACGACCUCUGCUUGAAGUGAAUUCAGCUGGUGAAGCUGCUGCAAUUUCUGCUGCCACCAAACCAAACUCAGGCCACAAGUGCUGUUCUGGAGAGAAUCCUGUGGCCUUAGAAUAUCGAAGAAACAUGAGAUCAUUAAUUGAACAGUUGGUUGGAGUUUUAAAGACAAAUCCUGGGGCUAAACCCAGUACUGUACCCUUGGAUGAGACAACAGAUCCUGCAUCUCACCCAUUUGUGUGGAUUAGUAAAUGGGUUGAUUAUUCAGAUAAAUAUGGUUUUGGCUAUCAGCUGUCUGAUGAUAGUGUCUGUGUUAUGUUCAACGAUUACACGAAGUUGAGUUUGCAUCCCAAUCGAAAGAAUCUCUAUUACAUACUGGAAAAUGGAGAAGAAAAGUUCUACACUGUUGAUAGUUACCCUGAUACAUUGGCAAAGAAGAUGAAGUUGUUGAAGUACUUUGAGCGGUACAUGCAGGAUAAUCUGAUAAAAGCGGGAGCUGCAGUUCCUGUAAGAGAGUGUGAUUCCAUUAGCAGACUUCCAUACAUGUAUCAGUGGUUUCGGACAUCCAAUGGUGUUGUCAUGGUGUUGUCAAAUGGAACAGUUCAGGUGAACUUCAUCAAUCACAAUAAAAUUAUUCUUUGUCCAUUGAUGGGUGCAGUGACAUUUAUUGAUGAUAGUCAAAACUUCAAUACAUUCAAAUUCUCUUCAAUAAAACAAUAUGGAUGCAGCAGUGCAUUAGCACAAUGCCUCAAGUUUGCAUAUGACAAAUUGUCUUCACUACUAGCACCAUAAGUCACCGUGCUUAGUGUUGGUAUAUGAAUACUUCCAAUGUCUACAGAAACCAGAUGGACACUUAGUGUUUCUCUGUAGGUUUCAAAAGGCCUGUUACUCUACACGUAUAGUAGUGGUUGCAAGCUGUUGAUAUGAUCUUGCUGUGUGUUGCACUUGAUAGUUUGUGUCAUGAAAUCUGAUUUUUAUGAAGUUACGGCACAGGAUGUGAUUUGGGAGCUUGUGCUAAGUUGAAUGAAAAGUGCACGUUUCAUGUGAUCCAAACUAAUGUGUAGAAGGAAGAAACUGUUCUAACAGCCAUACUUGUAAUAAAAAUUGUGAAAUGAAAUGACAAUUCUGAGCAAACAGA